AUGGGGCUUCCGGCCAAAUUCCAGGCGAAAAUUGCUCCUCUGGGCCUCUGCCCACCUGGGCAGGCAGCAACUCGGCACCUGACAGCCCCUGCCUGCCUGGCUCCAGGGGCUACGAGUGUGGGGGACAGCAGGGAAGGUGGCCGGACGCUGGUGUUGGACCUGACCUCCUGGGUGUGCAUCUGCAUAUUCAGAAGUCGUUCCCAGCUGGUUGGCUGCCUCCAGCCUCCCCACUCCCUCUUUAAAGGCCCUGAGCGCGGCGGGAGGACGCGCCGGCGCUGCGUCUGCGGCACCCCGCGCUCCCGGGGCUGCCACCGGCACCGCGCUCCCGGGGCUGCCACCGGCACCGCGCUCCCGGGGCUGCCCGGGCUCCCGGGGCUGCCCACCGGCACCGCGCUCCCGGGGCUGCCACCGGCACCGCGCUCCCGGGGCUGCCCGGGCUCCCCGCGCUCCCGGGGCUGCCCGCGGCUCGGCUCGGGCACCGCUGCCACCGCACAGAGCCAUGCGGCAGCCGGGAAAGGCUCCGGGGGGAAUUGCCGUCUGGAGGGACAGCGCGCUGCUCCGGGCACGGCUGUCCCACCGAGGAGCACCCAGGGAGCCCACGAGGGGUGGCUUCAGUUUUGGAGAAGGCACACUGCCCUCGUCUUCGGAGCAUCUUCGUUUCUUUCCCGUCUUUUUCCUCAGUUCCACAGCACUAGCAGGCUGAAACAUCAAACAUCUGGGAAGCCUGCCAGUCCGUCCAGGCAGGAAGAAGAUACGAUGGACAGCAGGACUGGCUUUGAGCAGGACAGAGACUGUGCCACUUCAGGGCAUGGCCAGGGGCUGAAAUUGGAGCCCUGUUUCCAGACUGACUCUCUCUUGCCUUCCCCCAGUGCAUCCCUGAUACCACAGCUCCUCAGCCACACACUGGUUGGCAGGAACCUGGAUCCCACCAUUCUUUUCCCUUCCUCUCAGGCAGGGGCCCUGCCUCAUGACUACAAGUGUGGUGCAUGUCCUGGAGAAGAAGCACAAGCCCUGGCUUUCCCCAGGACCUGUGCCCCAGCUCCCGUGCCCUGUGCUGGUGAUGGGGACCAGCUCUCCAACCAGCACCCACGGGAGCAGCUCUGUGACCAGCACUUACGAGCCAAGCGGGCCAGGGUGGAGAGCAUCAUCCAGGGCAUGAGCCUCCCACCAACCCCGCAGGCGUCUGACACGAGCCUGGAGGCAGCUUUUAGGCACGAGAGGGAAAGGGGUGGUGAGAUGUCCCAGGAGAGCAAGAGGAAGCCAAGGGUGCCCCAGCAGGGCAUGGGGGCAGCUGGAAGAGUGGCUCACACAGGGGGCAGCUCCCAUGCCAAGGGCUGCCAGCAGCUGAAAGAGCAGCUCUGCUUUUUAGAGCAGCAGUUGAGGUGGCUUCAGGAGAAGUUCUACCGAGUCUGUGACUCUGAGGAUGCUGCCCAAACACAGGAAGAUUCUGAGGAAGUGCAACCACUGCCUGGAAAGCCCAAAGACAGAGUGAACAAGGACAGUGCCGCUUCCACCAGCAACCCACGCAAAGUGCCUCUCAGGAGGGGCAUCCUGGAGGUGUGUGGGCUGGAGGAGGCUGAGGACAGAGGUGACACAGGUGGCCUGCCCUCGGCAGUGAGGGUACUCUCACAGGCACUGAAGCAUGAGCUGUCUGUGGUGACAUCCCAGGUAGUGGACUCUGUCCUGAAGACUGUCUGGCCAAAGGCAGACAGCCUCAUCCAGAAGCAGCACCACAGCCUUCCGAUGCUGGGGCCAGAUGCCAGGAGAGAGUAUUCUGCUGUUGGGAAAUGCAGAAAGCCAUUUGCUAAUCCAUCUCCUGUGAAUGCACCAGGCUCCCUGGGCUCACCCCAGGCUGAGGUCCUGCCAGGAGCUUUGGGGAAGAACCUGGGCUCUUAUACUGCCUCCUUCAACUCAAAGGGGGUCAGAAAAUCCUCUCGAGUACCCAGCAUGGGUUAUUCACUGGGCUCAGCCACCCCUGUCCAGCACAGCCAGCUGCUGAGCCAGCUGUUGGGCUACGGCCAGCACAGCCUCUGGGGCAGCGACUCUCGUGAGAGCCCAUCUACUCUGGAGAAGGGUUGUCCAGAGCCCCUCAGGCUGCCCUGGGGAACUGUUAAAUUGAGGUCAUCGAUUGUGAGACAGCAGCAGCACCAUCCCCUGUCCUUGAGCCCUGCCAGCAUGGAGAGCCCGGCACUGCUGCCGGGUGGCAGGGAUGGCCACGGUGAGCUGCCAGCUGCAAAUGAUGGAGUGCCCUUUGCCUCUACCUAUAUGCAGGAGACGCUCACCCCCGGGCACCUGAAGAAGGCCAAGCUGAUGUUUUUCUUCACCCGCUACCCCAGCUCCACUCUGCUGAAGACCUACUUCCUUGAUGUGCAGUUCAGCCGCUGCAUCACCUCCCAGCUCAUCAAGUGGUUCAGCAACUUCCGUGAGUUUUACUACAUCCAGGUGGAGAAGUUUGCCCGGCAGGCCCUGCUGGAGGGUGUUGUGGAUGCUUGCACUCUCCAGGUCUCCCGGGAUUCAGAGCUCUUCCGUGCCCUCAACAUGCACUACAACAAGGGCAAUGACUUCGAGGUGCCAGGGCGGUUCCUGGAGGUGGCCAGCCUGACGCUGCAGGAGUUCUUCAGCGCUGUCAGGGCAGGCAAGGAUGCCGACCCCUCCUGGAAGAAACCCAUUUACAAAAUCAUUUCCAAACUGGACAGUGACAUCCCAGAAGGGUUCAAAGCUGCUGGCUGCUCCCAGGAACUGCUCCACAGCUGAGUCUCUGUGAAAGCAGCCUUGGGCUGUGUGUGCAGCCACCAUGUGCACCUCAUGGGCACUCUGUUCAGCACUUGUUAUUUCGGGUAUUCUCUCUCUGAGAGCCACGUGCUCUCUGUAAGACAGCUCCUUAGGUGAGGCCUAUCACUUCCCUCAUGUGUUGGGAUUUUUUGUCGUGCCUUGUAUUCUGCUGCUCAGAACUGGUGAGGACCGCCAGAAGGGAGGUACAGAGAUGAAGCCGUCAGGUUGGAGCCUGAGAAGUUGCCCUGCCCCAGCUGUCCCUAUGACCCUGACUGAGCUGCCUUCGUUCUCUCUUCCAGAGGGUCACAAACCAGGGCAAACAGCCUUGCUGUUUAUAAAACAGGAAGAGGUCCUAGUAGUGGGCAAAGUUUCCUUGGCACAGCAGACUAGCGGAUGUAGAGUCCAAAAGCAUGACUCUGUUUCUGUCCAGAUACAACACACCAGUGUCCAAAGAAAACAGCUGGUGAAUUCCAGAGCUUCAAGCACUCCAUGGGGAUAGUUGUUCCUGUCUGGGAUAUGUAAAAACUAUGUUUGUUGCAGCCAACAAGAAUAACACUCUCCUCCACCUCCCCUAUGCUGUUAGACAAGACCCCCCCGUGCAGCUGUGUGCUGCCAGCAGUGUUCUCUGGGAUGCUGGUGGAGAGCAGGGAGCACAGCCAGCUCUGCUUGGCACUCCAGAGUCUCCAUCAGCUCAUCACCUGGGAGGACAGCUCCACGUUAAACAUCCAUGCAUGUUCCCUCACACCGUGCUCCUGCUGGCAAAAUCGCCCCAAGCAUCUCUGUACUCUGCCCUUGGUGAAAGAGGAGAAUGUUAUUUGAGAUCCAUCAGUCCCUGUGGGUUUAGCACAAGCUGGGGAAGAGCUGGGCCUUGACAUCUACAACCUCAUUGCUGUAAGGGUUGUAAACUCAAGGAGGUUUCUUUACCCUGUGGCCAAGACUUAGUGACCACUUUUCUACCUGAUGAAGCACGGUGAAGUGUUUUGUGUUAAGGGCUCUCUAAUCCUGACAGAGGUGGCAGUGGAGAGGAAAAGGCUGUGAAGAGGAGGGAGUCCUGACAGAGGCAUGGCACAAGGGCACUGGGAGGGCAGUGAGCAACAGCAUACUCACAUAAAACCCUCAGGGAGAAGACUGGGAAAAGGCCAAGGUAACUUUGGGUGUGCAGUAAGGUGUCAACUGGUACUAGAUUGCAGCAAGUGACUCUUGAGAGGAGAAUCACAGCUCCAGCAUCAGACAAGGGCAUGGGGUGAUCCACAGGCAAUGCAUCUACAGGAGUAAAGAAGUGGAAACAUCAGGACAUAAUGGGGAGCUCCGAAAUAGGGGCAGUUUGACAACGGCUCCCCGCAUUACAAGUGUGGCCACCCAGAUUUCCUGCUUCUUUUUGUAUGUUUAUUUCUCCAAGUUUGUAUAUUUUACAACCCCAACACCAAAUUUACAUGAUUCCUUCUUAAAUAAACACAUUGUUUAAGUUACCCCUUUACAUCCCCGUAGACCUAUUUGAUAACAUCUGCUCUAAAGAGUUAUCCUAGAAAUUUCUUGCUUUUUAUUGGGAAAAAUAACACUGCAGAAAAAGGGCAGUCCUUCUGCCAGCAUCUCUGUGGGGUCAAGCAGGCUCCACCAACCAACACCAACCAGUUCCUUUAAACCUGCCCCCUCACCCCAGUGCCUCAUGGUUAGUCUGCUCUGAAGUGCAGCUUGUCAGGGUCAGGAACGGGGGCCUGGAGGCACACAGAGACAUUGCCCAAAGCUUAAGGGUGCUGCACUCAAAUGUACAACACCGGAUAAAUGCUGCUGGUGCUACCAUGAAUGGGUCAUUCCUGCAGGAAAUAAAGACCUCAGAGCUUAAGUAAUGCUUUGGAUAGGCAAAUGCAAAGGUGCUGGAAAGGGAAAUGUUGGGCUGGCUCAGGGAAGGGCCAGCAAAUUCAUCUGUCUGUAGCUGAGUAAUUAGGGAACAUAAGGUACAGGUUUACUGGAGCAUCCUGCUGAAACAAAGCCUUUUCACACAGAGUUCCUGGUGGGGGGAGCACUUUCUUGUUUCCUGUGGUCCAUGCAAGUCCAUGAGUGUCAGUAAAACAGCAGGUGGGGGACCAAGGACAAGACAGUGCCCCAAAUCCCAGUCAUGCAGUGGCUGAGGCUGUAGGAGAUGUCUGGAGGUCAUCUUGUCAAACCCCCUGCUCCAGCAGGGCCACUGAAAGAUGGCUGCUCAGGGCCAUGUCAGAGGGGUUUUAAGUAUCUCUAAGUAAGGAGGGAAUGUUUGUGAAAGGGUCUUUCCCUCAAGCACCCAUUAAUGAAGACAUUUAGUUUAGGUUAGAUAUCAGGAAAAGGUGUUUCACCCAGGGGGUGGCUGGAAACUGACACAGAUGCUCCAGGGAAGUGCUUACAGCCCCAAGCUUGACAGAGUUCAAGAAUUAUUUGAACAGUGCUCUCAGACACAUGGUGUAACUCUUGGGGUGUCCUGUGCAGAGAGGGUAGUUGAAUGUUGAUGAUCUUGCUGAGUCCUUUCCAACUCAGCAUACUCUAUGCCUCUAUGAAAUGAAGAUUCCACUACCUGUGCUGUGCAGGGUGUAAUGUCACUUACAUUCCAGCUGUACCCAAGACACAGAAGCUAGUUUUCAAACAAAGCCUAAUGGGUGUCCACCACAGAGAGAGCCCCACUGAAAAAUUGAGUCUGCUUGGAGGGGAGAAGGGAGAGCUGCUGCCCACACAGAGACUAUGGUCAUGACUCCCAGGCUUGGCUGGGCUUUUGCUUCACCAUUUCCCACUAAUUAGCCAAGGAAGCAAUUUAGGUAGUACAGUCACUACUGCUGAGUUUCAUCUUUAAAUAAAAAAAAAAAAUCCUUUCCUUCCCUCUAUCCAAAUUUCUGUGGUAUAUGCAAAAAGCCCACAGGCACUCAUAACUAUCUCCUCUGGGAACAAUUCCUCGGGGCUAUCCUUUUACAUUUCCAAUUGCAUUCCCAGCCCAUCCACAACAGCACACUGAGUGCACACAGCUAUCCAGCAGCAAAGGCUGCUAAAUAUUUUAAAUCACUGAUUCCUGCCACCAGGCUGCAACUGCUGAAAGAGGGAGGUGUGACCACACUGACUCAGCUGGCAAGGGCCUGAGAGCCCUUAUGUACUCCUCUAUGUUAAUACUUACCAUAAGAGCCCUCAUUACUCAUGUGUAGCUAAUUAGAGCUUGAAGUAAGUUCCUACUGAAUGCUUGCCCUGUAUGCCAAAAUAGCUUGGGGGAAAUUGACAAUAAAACAUUAUCUGGGU